CUAUUCAUCCAACGAAGGAAACAAAGCCUCGAUACUAGCUACUGGUCGGUGAUGAUAGUAGAAGCGCAUUCCUAGAACUCUCCUUUUUAUACGCCAGAACCUCUACCAUGGCUGGCGAACACCACGACCCGGACUCGGUGCCUGCGACACCAGAUGAGCUGAUAGAUAGGGAUGUCCUAGGUACCCCCGUAUCGCCCGGUUCCGUCGAUUCCUCGGAAGCCACGACACCGAUCGAUACGCCAGGCGAAAGCCCUUCCGAACAGCCUAGAAGAAUGCCAUCCUUACGUUCCGUGUCUGAUCCGCAAAACCCGGGUCACCCAAUGACUGCCUCAUCUACACAUAUUGGAGUCUUGUCUAAUGCUAGACGUCCUCCUGCUACAGGUGCACAUAUGUCUAGCGGCCGUCUUCCUGAAGACAUUAACGCCAAGAUGCGAGCCUUCCACCUCUCCCGUCAAGGAAGCUCUGCCCUAGCUUCACCACAAGGUACUCCACCUUCAGGGCCUUCAGCAAGUGGUUCGGUCAUGGGUGGUUUGCCUAGGCAUCUUCAGAUGCCCGGAGCCCCCCAGAGGCCUGGUGCUCCUUCAUUUCCCAAAUCGGCCCCCUCAGUACCCUCAUUGCCUCCUGGAGUUGGUGGUUUGGCAAACAAGCGACGGUUUGGGCUGAAACUUGGGGACAUGGGCGGAGGAGCUCCGCCUCCUAUGCCCGGAUCUGGCGUUUCUGGUGGAAGUCCCCAAAUGUUACCCACCCAGAACGGGAAUGCUCAUAAUAUGUCACAAAUGAAGCAGUUCGAGGAGUACAUCGAUUCUGAAAAAGGGUACCUGACAUUUAGAGGCAAGGCGAUCAUCACAAACAAGGGAGUGGAUUUCUCGGAUGGGUCCGUCUUCAGGAUAUCGCUCGACGAGGUGGAGAAGCUAGAUGAACUAGGUAAAGGUAACUAUGGCACCGUCUAUAAGGUGAGACAUACGAAGCCACGAUUCCCACGUUUCGGUCCGGGUCUUUCCGGAUUCAAAGCGGCAUCUUUAGCGAAUCUGCCGACGGUUCCGCAAGACCAGGUGGAUGCCGAAACCAAGACUGGCUCUAACACUGGGACGGUCAUGGCUAUGAAAGAAAUUCGCCUGGAACUAGACGAAGCAAAAUUGACAACAAUCUUGAAGGAAUUGGUAAUCUUGCACGAAUGCGCAUCUCCGUACAUUAUCGAGUUCUACGGAGCUUUCUUCCAAGAGAGUGCGGUGUAUAUGUGUCUUGAAUACAUGGAUGGUGGCUCGAUCGACAAGCUCUAUUCCGGGGGUAUUCCGGAGGAAGUGCUCCGCAAGAUCACGUAUUGUACCGUGAUGGGCCUUAAGGAAUUGAAGGACAAACACAAUAUCAUUCAUCGCGACGUCAAGCCCACUAAUAUUCUUAUAAAUACUCGAGGCCAGGUCAAGAUUUGCGAUUUUGGCGUGAGCGGCAAUCUUGUAGCAAGUAUUGCCAAGACCAACAUCGGAUGCCAGAGUUACAUGGCCCCUGAACGAAUUUCGGGUGGAGCUUUCAUGCAGGCUGGCGCAGGAGAUGGCACUUACAGCGUCCAGAGUGAUAUAUGGAGCUUGGGUCUGACAAUCAUCGAGUGCGGUAUGGGAAAAUACCCCUAUCCUCCAGAGGUGUCCUCGACAAUAUUCAGUCAACUCAGCGCUAUCGUCGAAGGAGAUCCGCCCGAUUUACCGGAUAAGUACUCCGAAGCUGCACGCACAUUCGUGCAUGGGUGCCUCAACAAGGUACCUAAAUUACGGCCAACGUAUCAAGCCCUGCUAGCUUCAGAAUGGCUUAAGAACCUAACGAAGCCGGAGACUAUCACGGAGGAAGACGAGGAGGCCGCAGAGAACGAAGCCAGCGCGGAAGCGGUUGCUGGCGCGGCUGGGAAGUUGGAUCUCAGUCACUCAAGCACGGAAGACCUGGAGGUUUCGACAUGGGUAAAGGACGUCCUCGAGAAGAAGGAAAAUGGGCAGUACGGAGAGACGGAAGGACAGCCAGCGCUCCACCAUGCCCCUUUGGAUGCCGUGAGCCCGCUGGCUAGCCCGCGAAUUGGAAAAUAGAAAUGGGAGGAACCUUUCCGAUAAUACUCUUUAGACAAGGACUACCAAAGAGAGGGAAAAUUUCUACAACUUGGUGGAGCAGGUUCUCCACGAUCCUCUCUCACUACUACCACUUCGAGAACAUAGCAUUGCUUGGCGCACACAUACUUCAUUCGACACAUAGCAGGCCAGGAGGGUGGCAGCACUUUGUCUCAACAUUUCACAAUUUUCCUUCCAUUUGCGCAAAAUGGGGUGCUUCUAAUCGGGAUUUAUUAAAACGGCAUUCGGGCGAUUAGGAGGCGUCCCUGUACACGUAUUCGGGAUA